AUGUUCAUAUUUGGCUUUGGCCGCCGGUGCCCAGGAAUUUCCCGUCAUGCUCCCCGGGCGGCGGGCCCGUCACUGCGAUCCCGGGGGGCGGGAGGGCCGGGGCCGCUUGCUCGCUCCCUCGGGCCUCCCUCAUGCGCGCUGCGCCGCCGCCGCCGCUGCUUCUCUCUGUGCUUUGCCUGGCACUGGCGGCCGCCGCAGGAGCCGCAGCUCUUGCCCCUGUUCUUUGCCUCUGGUUUUGUUGGUGAGGAUAUCACAGUGAUGUCUGCAUUCAACCUGCUGCAUUUGGUGACAAAGAGCCAGCCAGUGGCCCUGCGAGCCUGUGGGCUUCCCUCAGGGUCAUGUAGGGAUAAAAAGGACUAUAAGGUGGUCUUUUCCCAGGAGGAGCUGAGGAAGCGGCUGACACCCUUGCAAUACCAUGUCACUCAGGAGAAGGGGACUGAAAGUGCCUUUGAGGGGGAGUACACACACCACAAAGCUCAAGGAAUAUACAAAUGUGUUGUUUGUGGGACUCCUUUAUUCAAGUCAGAAACAAAGUUUGACUCCAAUUCAGGUUGGCCUUCCUUCUAUGACGUGAUCAGUCCCGACGUAGUUACCUUCAAUGAUGAUUUCUCCUAUGGGAUGCAUCGGAUUGAAAUAUCCUGCAGUCAGUGUGGUGCUCACCUGGGGCACAUGUUUGACGACGGACCUCGCCCAACUGGCAAACGCUACUGCACAAACUCUGCUUCCUUAUCCUUCAAGCCAGCAGACAAGAACAGCGCCGGGGAAGGGAGCGGGAACGCCAGUCCUGCCCAAACAGGCAAAGCUGAGCUGUAGCACGAAGCAAAGACUGCAGACAACUGCACUGAUCCCACACGGCUUACAAGGAAUGUUUUCUAAGUUGCCUGCUCUCUUGUAUCCUAAGAAUGUUUAAAUGUAUGAAAGCAUUUUGCACCAUCCUCCUUCUUCCUCACCUUCCCAGAACUGAGGCCUUGCCUGCUGGUGCAUUUACUAUAUAAUUGGAUUGAGAAAUGGGUUGACUGAUGCCACAGGUUUUCUUUUCCUGUCUUUCCUUUGAGGUUGCUUUGGGGAACCCUUCCAUCGAGAGGCUUUGGCAUCAUUAGUUAUUAGUUUCUUCUUAGUGCUGUGUUACUCUGGGUUUGAACACUAUUCCCUUUUUUUUGUGUGGGAGAUGAGACUUGUGUUUUGUCUCCUCCAGUCUACAGGAAACUUCUGGGCAUAAGAAAAUCCUGAAUUCCUAGCACAUCUCUGCUCUGUCCUGACUUGUGAGGCAUGCAGCCUUUGGUCAUAUGUAUUCAGCCAUCUCCCAGCAUCAGCCACACCCUGCAGAAACUUUUAGUUAGGGCUGUUCCUUCCCAGCUGAGAGAGAUGGAUGAGAUGCAGAGCCCUUUGUUUGG